AAGAGAGUCAUCCGUGAUACAAUUCAGUGUUCCUGAGGCCACCAUCUCUCUGCCAUAUAUAAAAACGACACCUCAUUCUUCCAUCUAUUCUGUGUGUUUUUUCUUGAAGAACAGCGUUUCUUCUUUUAAUUAUUCUUUUUCGUUAUUGGCUAAGCAAAUUAUAAACCCAUCUCCGCCGUCACAUGGCCACAAGAGGAUUGGUGUUGUAUUUGUCGUUGGCUUUCUCUGCGGCGGUUCUCUCGGCAGUUUUCCUCUUCGACCACCACCCAUAUGUUAAAAACUCUACUCUUUUGAGUUCUCAUUACAUCUCCACUACUGAAAGAGUUUGGCCAGAAUUGGAGUUUAGCUGGAGAAUAGUGUUGGCUACAGUCAUUGGAUUCCUGGGUUCAGCAUGUGGAACUGUUGGUGGAGUUGGAGGGGGAGGAAUUUUUGUUCCUAUGCUUACUUUGAUUGUUGGGUUCGAUACCAAGUCUGCUGCUGCUAUUUCUAAAUGUAUGAUCAUGGGUGCAUCAGCAUCAUCAGUUUGGUAUAAUCUAAGAGUGCCACAUCCAACAAAAGAAGUGCCAAUUUUAGAUUAUGAUUUGGCUCUUCUUUUCCAGCCAAUGCUUAUGCUUGGCAUCACCGUUGGUGUUGCUUUGAGUGUUGUCUUUCCUUACUGGUUAAUCACUGUCCUUAUCAUUAUACUUUUUAUAGGUACCUCUUCCAGGUCUUUCUUUAAGGGAGUUGAAAUGUGGAAGGAAGAGACAAUCUUGAAGAAAGAAUUGGCUAAGCAGCAAGAAGCUGUGGUUAAUUCACGUGGCGAACUUCUAAUUGACACAGAGUAUGAGCCUUUGGUUCCUAAAGAAGAGAAAUCAGAAAUGCAAAUAGUCUGCUUCAACCUUAGGUGGAAAAGGCUUUUUGUGCUGCUAUUUGUUUGGUCUGUUUUCCUUCUCCUCCAGGUUAUCAAGAAUGAUGUGGCAACUUGCAGCAAAUGGUAUUGGGUGCUGUUCUGUUUACAGUUUCCUGUAGCUCUUGCGGUAUUUGGCUAUGAAGCAGUCAAAUUAUACAAAGAACACAAGAAGAGAAUUAGCACAGGAAACACAGAAUCAAUUUGUGAAGCUUCUAUUGCAUGGACUCCUAUGCACAUUUCUUUCUGUGCACUCUGUGGAAUCUUAGGAGGAACAGUUGGCGGUCUUCUUGGAUCUGGUGGAGGAUUCAUUCUUGGUCCACUACUCCUUGAGAUUGGUGUAAUCCCACAGGUUGCCAGUGCAACAGCAACAUUUGUAAUGAUGUUCUCAUCAUCCUUGUCUGUGGUGGAGUUCUAUCUGCUUAAAAGAUUCCCUAUGCCUUACGCCUUGUACCUCACAGGAGUGUCAGUACUAGCUGGCUUCUGGGGACAGUUUUUUGUAAGGAAGCUCAUUACCAUUCUAAAAAGAGGAUCACUUAUUGUGUUCAUACUGUCUGGUGUCAUAUUUGCUAGUGCCAUAACCAUGGGAGUGGUUGGCACUGAGAAGAGUAUAAGAAUGAUAAACAACCAUGAGUUUAUGGGAUUCUUAGGUUUCUGCAGCAGUCAAUGAUUGUUGGCAAUGCUACUUUUCCAAGUAGAAAAAGAAGCUAGAACAAAGAUGAACGUAAAGGAAUUUAGCAAGCGAAAAGUGAUGAUUCUUUGUGCAAAAAGGAAGAAAGGAAAAAACGGCAAUGGAAUUGUUGGCCAAUAUCUAGUUGACCAACUUCAACAAAAUUGCCAUUGCAAUAAACAGGAGGGUGUCUGAUUGUGUUUUUGUAUCAGUUUGAUGAGUGUUGGCUACUGGCUGACACACACAUCAACUCCAGGAUUCCUUUAUUACUUUUCUAAAUUUGUAUUGCUAUAUUAUUUUGAUGUGUGUUAGCUACUGGCUGACACCAUAAUUCUAGAUGGCUUUCCUCAUUACUCUCUGUAUUUGUGUAUCGCUUUUAUGAGUGUUAGCUGCUGGCUGACACCUUCAAUUACAUAAACAGUCUGUUACUUUGCUACA